GUUGAAGCUUGAAGGGUAAGCAGACGACGUUCAAGACAGUGUGCCAAAACAACAAGUCGGUUUAUUAGUCGUUUGGCGUUCUAUUCCAUAAACUGAAAAAAGUUUGCUCGAUUUUAAUUUGUGUAUUUCACAGAGAACUUUGAUACUGUUUUUCUUCAUCAAAGCGUGAAAACUAUCUGAAAAUGGGAAAACGACAACACCAGAAAGAUAAAAUGUACUUGACAAGUACAGAGUGGAGCACAUUGUAUGGUGGGAAGAAGCCUGUUAAUCCAAAUAGUGCCAGUGCUUCAUUUCGACGACUUCCAUAUGAUCACUGUGCCUUGUCACUUCAGCUUUUUGAGAAUCCUUUGUGUGACACUGAAGGAAAUGUUUUCGACCUUCUUGCUAUAGUUCCAUACUUGAAAAAGUAUAAAACUAAUCCAGUAACAGGAAAACCAUUGGAAAGCAAAGCCCUUCUGAGGUUAAAUUAUCAUAAAAAUGCUGAAGGGGCAUACCAUUGCCCUGUAUUGUUCAAGCAGUUCACAGACAAAUCCCACAUUGUGGCCAUCAGAACUACUGGAAAUGUGUUCUCCUAUGAGGCAGUAGAGCAACUCAAUCUGAAGCCCAAAAACUGGAAAGAGUUGUUAACAGAUGAAACAUUUGCUCGUCAAGACAUUAUCACUCUUCAAGACCCAUCUCACCUAGAAAAGUUUAACAUCGCUAAAUUUUAUCAUGUAACGCAUGACCAAAAAAUCGAAAAUGAAGAAUUAAUAAGGGCCAAAACCGAUCCUGCAGCCCGUCUCAAAUACAUCAAUGCAGAAACGAAGGGAGUUUUGGCAGAAUUAGAACAGGAAUACAAGGCACCUGAAGAGACUGUAACUGUAAAAGCAGUAGCUGAUUCCAUUAAUGCGGCUCAUUAUUCCACCGGGGCUGUCGCUGCUGGUUUUACUUCUACGGUGAUGGCACCAGAAACUAAGCAUGAACCAGCAAUUCUCGAUGAAAGUAUCGUUCGAUAUCAGCGCAUUAAGAAAAAAGGUUAUGUUAGACUAGUUACAAAUGUCGGGCCUCUUAAUUUAGAGUUACAUUGUGAAAUGGUACCUAAAACGUGUGAAAAUUUCGUCAACCUGUGCAAAAAAGGCUACUACAACAACACCAAGUUUCAUCGGUCUAUCAAGCAUUUCAUGAUUCAAGGUGGCGAUCCCACUGGAACUGGUACCGGAGGAGAGUCUUGCUGGGGAGGAUCAUUUGAAGAUGAAUUUAAGCCGAAUCUAUCCCACACCGGUCGGGGUAUUUUAUCGAUGGCGAACUCGGGAACCAACACUAAUAAAUCUCAGUUUUUUAUCACCUAUCGCUCGUGUAAACAUCUGGACGGAAAGCACACAAUAUUCGGUCGUGUCGUGGGUGGAAUGGAAACUUUGAGCGCUAUGGAACGAAUUGGUACUGACAAUAAAGAUCGACCCGUAGAAGAGAUUAUUAUUGAGUCGUCACAGAUAUUUACAGACCCAUAUGCCGAAGUAGACGAAAAGUUGGUGAUUGAGAGAGCCGCAGCGCUAGAAGAAGCUGAGAGACAGUUGAAGGAAGCAAAGGCUUCCAUCCCUAAAGCCCAGCUUAAGGUUUUCAAACAAUCUGGUGUAGGAAAAUACAUCAACCCUAAAGCUUUCACCAACAAACCAGCUGAUUCGGCUGGAGAAGAAUCCGGCAGUUCUCAACAUAAAAAAGCUAAAACAUCUGCUAACUAUUCAUUUGGUAAUUUCAGUAAUUGGUGACCUUCCCGGAUAUUGGAUUAUUCUUUGCUUACUUGUGGCUGAUUUUUUAAAAAUAAACUCUUUCUCGAACA